AUGUCCGAUAAAGUUAUUAACCCUCAAGUUGCAUGGGCUCAAAGGUCUAGUACUACUGAUCCAGAAAGAAAUUAUGUCUUAAUAACUGUGUCAAUUGCAGACUGUGAUGCCCCUGAGUUAACCAUUAAGCCAUCAUACAUCGAAUUAAAGGCUCAAUCAAAGCCUCAUGUUGGCGAUGAAAAUGUCCAUCAUUAUCAAUUACACAUUGAUCUAUACAAGGAAAUUAUACCUGAAAAAACAAUGCAUAAGGUUGCUAAUGGCCAGCACUACUUUUUGAAAUUGUAUAAAAAGGAUUUAGAAUCUGAAUACUGGCCACGUUUGACAAAGGAAAAGGUGAAGUACCCUUACAUCAAAACUGAUUUCGAUAAAUGGGUUGAUGAAGAUGAACAAGACGAAGUUGAAGCUGAAGGUAAUGAUGCCGCUCAAGGAAUGGAUUUCAGCCAAAUGAUGGGAGGUGCUGGAGGUGCUGGAGGUGCUGGAGGCAUGGACUUCAGCCAAAUGAUGGGAGGUGCUGGUGGCGCUGGUUCUCCAGAUAUGGCUCAAUUGCAGCAAUUAUUGGCUCAAAGCGGUGGUAAUUUGGACAUGGGAGAUUUCAAAGAAAACGAUGAAGAAGAUGAAGAAGAGGAAAUAGAGCCGGAAGUGAAAGCUUAA